AUGAAAGUCCAAGAAAACAUAUACACCAGCCAUGAACACUCGCCAUAUGCAUUUGAUGGACUGAGCUCCUGGAAGCCAGUCGGAAAGGCAGAAGGAUUAUCGCAAGAGCCUGAAGAUCCCAAGCUUCUAACAGGGGAAAGCUUACCAAGCGAAGUUGCCUCAAUUCUUUCCAGCCCAAACAAGAUGAGUAAAUUCGACCAUGCUGAGUUGGAGGCGACAGUCAUGAAGUUCGUUACCCGGCAAUGGCUCAAUAGGUUAAAUCUUAUGCUGCAUAAAGUAACUUCACUUAAAGAUGCUAUUGCUAUGAUUAAGACGGGGAAUGGAUUUUUAGAAGCCUUGCUGCUCCAGCAGUAUGUACUCAGAACGGUCGACUACAUGUACAAACUAUGUUGA